AGCUACUGGCAAGUGGCACAGGGAUGCUAUUCUGGGCCGUGUGUGUGGACUUGGCUUAAGCGGCAUGAGCCACACCCCCUACCCUACUGACCUCUCCUUUGGAGGAGCACAGCAGGACUCAGGGCCACCUUGGACAGGGCUAAGAGGCAGGCUCUAACUGAGGCCUCAGAGACGGCAGAGCUCCGGUCGCAGCUCAAGUCUGCCACCGCGUUAGAGGAACAGACUCAAGGCCAGCUUCGCCAUUAACCGAGGGACCCAGAUGGAGUCUGAAAAACACCUCAGCACUUCAGCAGAGUGAGUGGGGCUCCAGGACCACCCCGAGACCCACGAUGGCCCCCGUGCACGUGCUCAGGCCCAUGCAAAGGAUACUGCAGAAGGAGAUGGUGCGGGAGUGCCUGGCAGAGUUCAUGAGCACCUAUGUCAUGAUGGUAUUUGGUCUUGGUUCCGUGGCCCAUAUGGUUCUGGGACAGCAAAAGCUUGGGAGCUUUCUUGGUGUCAACUUGGGUUUUGGCUUUGGAGUCACCAUGGGAGUGUACGUGGCGGGCAGCAUCUCCGGGGCACACAUGAACGCAGCAGUGACCUUCACCGCCUGUGCCGUGGGCCGAAUGCCCUGGAAGAAGUUUCCCAUAUAUGUGCUGGGCCAGUGCCUGGGCUCCUUCUCAGCUGCGGCCACCAUCUACUUACUAUUCUACAGUGCCAUUUACAAUUUUGCAAACGGAGAGCUGUUGGUGACAGGUUCCAAGGCCACCGCAGGCAUCUUUGCCACCUAUCUCCCUGAACACAUGACCUUGUGGCGGGGCUUCUUGGAUGAGGUGUUCUUGACCGGAAUGCUCCAGCUGUGUCUCUUCGCCAUCACGGACAAGGAUAACAGUGCAUCACUUCAAGGGGCUGAUGCCCUGGUGAUAGGCAUCCUUGUUUGCGUUAUUGGGGUGUCCCUCGGCAUGAACUCGGGAUAUGCAAUCAACCCAUCCCGUGACUUGCCUCCCCGAAUCUUCACUUUCAUUGCUGGCUGGGGCAAAGAAGUGUUCAGUGCCGGGGACAAUUGGUGGUGGGUGCCAAUGGUGGCACCCACCCUGGGAGCCUACAUAGGUGGCAUUGUGUACCUGGGCAUAAUUCACCCCAGCAUACCACGGAAUCCUCAGAGACUGGAGAACUCUGCACCAGGAAACCAGAACGUAACCGUAUCGCCCAAGGUUCCCCUCACCUCUGUCACUUCCACCUAACCUGCCCCACCCCUCUGUGGCUCUGUCCCUCUAGAGCGCUUCUAAGUAGAGCUAUCUGUGACCACAACCCUGCUGCAAUAAAGCGCACCU